AUGGCCCUCCCUCCAAUCGCAAAAGCAACCCUCCAAUCCGCCCUCAUAAACGCCGGAUCAAAUGUCCUAGCCCAAGGCAUCAAAGCUUAUCGAGCUGAGGUCCCCUUCGAAUUGGACAUCCAGACAUUAUUCCAAUUCACCACGUGUGCGUUCAUCCUCUCGCCCUUGACGUUUUUAUGGCUUGAGGGGCUUGAAUCAUCAUUUCCGGGGGAGAAGACCGAGCCCGACCUGAAAGACAAGGGAAACGAAAAGAAAGAAACAAAAACCAAGUUAAACAUCCCCAAUACCCUCGCCAAAAUCGCCAUCGAUCAAAUCAUCGGCGGCGCCCUAAGCACAGCCCUCUACAUAGUUACCCUCGGCACGCUCCGCGGCCAAAACUACGAUGUUAUUACCACCCAGCUCCAGAAUGACUUCUACCCGCUCAUGAUCGCAGGCUUCAAAUUAUGGCCGCUAGUCUCGAUCCUGAACUUUACCGUUAUCCCCGCUGACAAGCGGUUGUUGGUUGGGAGUUUGGUUGGGGUUGUUUGGGCGGUUUAUUUGAGUCUUCUGUCCGGGUAG